GUUACUAAGAAUUCUAUUAAGGUUGUUUUUUUUUUCUUUUUUUCUUUUUUCUUUUCUCUUUUUUUUGUCCUUUCCAAUAUGCCUACCUCCUAAUAAUAGGUUAGUAUGCUAAAAUACACACUUAAUUCUUCCAUAUGAUAUUCGAACAAUAGCAAUUGCAUUGAAACAAGCGGGUAUCAUGUCGAACGUCUCGCCCUUCUUUUAUCAUGGGCCUCGAACGACCCCCGACACGCUUGCUAUCGCACACCUAUCCCGCGAAAACCUUCAACCCAUCUAUCUGAAAGAGUCCACAGGCGUUAUUGACGGUUAUACUGAGGGCGCAGUGAUGAACACGCGGUUUGGAUCGUUUCCGCAUUCCACUUUGCUCGAUAAGCCUUGGGGUUCUCAAAUACGUGCCUCCAUCGUGGACACCGGCUCUAGGGGCAGAAAGCGAAAGAUAGACAGCGGUGCAGACGGCGAUGGACCUGAAAACGACACAGAAAGUACUGCCCCGGUGAAAGCCAAGUCAAAAGACCUCAAGACUGCACCGAACGGUUUCAUUCACAUACUUCCGCCCACGCCCGAACUAUGGACCACAAGUUUACCACAUCGAACACAAGUAGUGUAUACCCCCGACUACAGUUACAUCCUUCACCGCAUUCGCGCUCGACCUGGCAUGAAAAUAAUAGAGGCUGGUGCUGGGAGUGGAAGCUUUACACAUGCUUCGGCAAGGGCAGUUUACAGUGGAUAUCCUAAAGACGCCAAAGACUCGAGAGGGAGGGUGUUCAGCUUCGAAUUUAACGAGGACCGCUAUCAUAAGAUGCGACAGGAGAUACAAGACCAUCGUUUGGACGGAAUUGUUCAAAUUACCCACCGAGAUGUUUACAACGACGGCUUCCUUGUCGAUGGUGAGAGUCCUGAGGCAGAUUGUGUUUUCCUCGACUUGCCGGCGCCAUGGAAGGCCCUGCCUCAUCUAGCAAGAAGUAGGCCAACACCAUCUCAGGUCUCGAUUAGUGGACUUGAUAGUCUCAACAACACCGAAACUGAAUGGAAAUCCCCUUUGCGUGCAGACCGGACUGUCUAUCUCUGUACGUUCUCUCCAUGCAUUGAACAGGUCACCAAGACCAUCGAGGUGAUGCGUCACCUAGGCUGGAUGGAAAUUGAGAUGGUUGAAGUUGCCCACAGGAGACUUGUGGUUAUGCGAGAACGAAUCGGCUUGCAUAUACCAGCAGGGGAGCGAGGUGCAAAUCAAACAGCAGCUAAUGUUGAAGAGGCUGUCACGAGGUUAAAAACGAUCGAGAGCAAAUUUGAAAAGACUCGCUACCAUGGUCUGAACCCUGACGUUGUCAUGAAUGAUAUUGACGAUGACGAUGAGGUUAUGGCGGAUAAGGAGGAAAAUCCGGUCAAUGGCAACGGUGAGACGAUUGGGGAUGCAUAUUCAGAGAAACACUGGAUGGCGGGAAGAUUGAUCCAUCGGACUGAACCUGAGAUCAAGACCCAUACCUCAUAUCUCGUCUUCGCUGUGCUGCCACAGGAAUGGACAGAGGCGCAGGAGCUCGCUGCUUACAAGCAAUGGCCAUGCGGUGCGGAAAAUAAAGUCAUUGGUAGCUUGGGCAAGGAGGCAAGGAGGCAGCAGAAGCGAGAGUUGCUACAAAGCAAGAAACGGAAGAAGGAGGCUAGCAGCAAACCUGAAGGUGAUCAGAACACAUCGCCUAAGAAAGUAAGGCCUGACAGCUUAUGAUACCCGACCUUUGUGGUCACGAAUUUUAAAUUACCAUUGCGAAUUUUGGCCACCCCAAAUCUGUCUAAUGUUUACCUACUUAGGUAGGUAUUCCGUCAACAGACCUGUACAAGAUACAUACCUAUGUGCUAAAAACGAACACUCAUAUGUAGACUAAGCCUGAUUCUGUGUUCGCAUCUUUAAUGACUCGCGUCAUUAUCAUUUGAAACAACCAAAUCAAGUUGGACUAGCUUGGCAGUUGAUGCUUUUUUGAAUUCUUUGUAGGAGAGUGGCCGUUUCACUUAAGCAUCCUGAUCGACGACAUGGACUCGUUUUGUGCUUGUAAGAAAGACAGUUGUUGGUACGAGGUAACUUAAGUAAGUAAGAGUAAGUAUCUACUACCCUAACCCUAAGUUAUUAUAAUCCGACAUUAGAGACAAUAAUAUUGAUAGUUGAUAUAUCAAAUAUGCAUA